AUGAACUCGGACAUUUUUAACUCAUACCUGGAAGCUCUGAAGGUCAAGAUGGCAGAGCAGUGCCGAAAGGUUCUGAUGCUUGUCGACAAUACCCCGCCGCACCUGGUAUUGGAGACCACGCCCCAGGAUCCGUGUCAAGAAGCUGCCACCACAUACGACAGCCUUCAGCCCCAAGACGCUUGA